CCUCCACUGCAUCCUGGAGGCGGCCCGCACUCGAGCUGCUGCUCGGCUGCUGCGGCCCCGAGCCUCUUGUUGCUGGACUAUGACGGGUCGGUGCUGCCCUUCCUCGGGGGCCUGGGCGGGGGCUAUCAGAAGACCCUCGUGCUGCUCACCUGGAUCCCGGCGCUGUUCAUCGGCUUCAGCCAGUUCUCGGACUCGUUCCUCCUGGACCAGCCCAACUUCUGGUGCCGCGGGGCCGGCAAAGGCACCGAGCUGGCGGGGGUCACCACCACAGGCCGGGGGGGGGACAUGGGCAACUGGACCAGCCUCCCCACCACCCCCUUCUCCACUGCCCCCUGGGAGGCUGCGGGCAACCGGAGCAACAGCAGUGGCGCGGACGGAGGCGACACACCACCCCUGCCAUCCCCUCCGGACAAGGGGGACAACGCCUCCAACUGUAACUGCCACGCGUGGGACUACGGCAUCCGCGCCGGCCUCGUCCAGAACGUGGUCAGCAAGUGGGAUCUUGUGUGUGAUAAUGCCUGGAAGGUCCAUAUCGCUAAGUUCUCCUUACUGGUUGGAUUAAUCUUUGGCUACCUAAUAACUGGAUGCAUUGCUGACUGGGUCGGCCGGCGGCCUGUGCUGCUGUUUUCCAUCAUCUUCAUUCUGAUCUUUGGACUGACUGUGGCACUGUCAGUGAAUGUGACAAUGUUCAGCACACUCAGGUUCUUUGAAGGAUUUUGCCUGGCUGGAAUAAUUCUCACCUUGUAUGCAUUACGAAUAGAGCUGUGCCCCCCUGGAAAACGGUUCAUGAUUACGAUGGUGGCGAGCUUCGUGGCUAUGGCGGGCCAGUUCCUCAUGCCCGGGCUAGCCGCCCUGUGCCGGGACUGGCAGGUGCUGCAGGCCCUCAUCAUCUGCCCCUUCCUGCUCAUGCUGCUCUACUGGUCGAUAUUCCCCGAGUCCCUCCGGUGGCUGAUGGCCACCCAGCAGUUUGAGUCUGCAAAGAGGCUGAUCCUCCACUUCACACAGAAGAACCGUAUGAACCCUGAGGGUGACAUCAAGGGUGUGAUGCCAGAGCUGGAGAAGGAGCUUUCCCGGAGGCCCAAGAAGGUCUGCAUCGUGAAGGUGGUGGGGACCCGGAACCUGUGGAAGAACAUUGUGGUCCUGUGUGUGAACUCGCCGGCCCCGCCCUUCCUGAACCUGCAGCCAGUCUGGCCAGAGGUGCCAGGAUGGCCGCGGGAGGAGGCAGGCUCGGGACACUGUGGGAACAUCGACCCCACAGAGCUCCCCUGCCUUUACAAGGAAAAUGAACGCAGGCUCUCAGAACUAGAUGCCAGGGCUGUCCACCACCCCCAGAUCAGAGCAGCCUUGUCGUGCAGCCUGGUGAUUGGAAAGUACAGCCAGCACCCAGACUCAGGGAUGAGUGACAGCGUCAAGGACAAAUUUUCCAUCGCGUUUUCCAUCGUGGGCAUGUUUGCCUCCCAUGCGGUGGGGAGCCUCAGCGUGUUCUUCUGUGCGGAGAUCACCCCGACGGUGAUAAGGUGCGGCGGGCUGGGGCUGGUGCUGGCCAGCGCGGGCUUCGGCAUGCUGACGGCACCCAUCAUCGAGCUGCACAACCAGAAAGGCUACUUCCUGCACCACAUCAUCUUUGCCUGCUGCACGCUCAUCUGCAUCAUCUGCAUCCUCCUGCUGCCCGAGAGCAGGGACCAGAACCUGCCUGAGAACAUUUCCAACGGGGAGCACUACACGCGCCAGCCGCUGCUGCCGCACAAGAAGGGGGAGCAGCCACUGCUGCUCACCAACGCCGAGCUCAAGGACUACUCGGGCCUCCACGAUGCCGCAGCCUCGGGUGACACACUGCCCGAGGGUGCCACGGCCAAUGGCAUGAAGGCCAUGUAGCCUGGCCCGCAGAACCCAGGGCUCAAGGGUUUGGGGCCGCUCGGGCACAGGUUUACAGACCAGGGACCGAAUGCAUGGCCCGGAGGGGGAAAGCUGCCCCACCCAAGCCGAGCCUCUCAAGGGUGUGGGGAAAUCCUGCCUUUCCACAAGUCCAAGGAGCACAGGUCGGAGGAGACGAACUCUUUGGAAAUAACCCUUCCAAGACUUUCUUUUCUGCCAUUAAAUGUUUGUAUUUAUUUUGGUCAUUUUUACGAGAAGCACUUUAUUCCCUCCCCCUCACUGAUCACAAAUGGAAUCACCUCUUUCGGCAGCGAGAUGCAGUCACUCUGGGAAGAUGCUGCAGUGACCAUGGUCGCGGCCGGUUCCUCUCGGGAGACGGGACACGGCUCCUCGCAACACCCAGGAGCCCCCCAGGCUGCCUGCCUGUGUGCAGAGGCAGGACACAACCGUGGAGCGUUUCCAGGACUGCAUUUUAGACAGAGUGAAAUGUACAUGAAUUUGGCUUUUGCUAGA